ACCGUCUCCUCCACCACCACCUCAAGUAUCCUCCAUCCCCUCCCAUUCCUCCUUCUCCAUGUUCCCAUCCUCCCACUUCUCCAUCAUUUGUCACUCUUCAGCUGUCUCCCCCUCUUCGGCUGUCUGCCACUCUUCCUCCGUAUCGCUGCCCGCCCCCUAGAAGAGACUCAAGCUCGAGACCAGGAAGAGGAGCUGGGACCGAGCGAGCGAGGGAGCCACGCAGGCCAGCGUGGGGGUGUUCAACAUGGGGCUCACGCCUGGGGGGUGCUCGUGCCGCUGCUGCUCACCAAUGGCUUCAGCGUGGAGGCGCUGUUGGGCCGCACGCGUGGCGAGGCCGAGCAGCUGGCGGCCAAGGUGCGCGUCCCCUUCUCCAGCAGCAGCUGCAUGGGCGGCGUGCCGCUCCACCAGCUCGGGGACCUCAUGCGCAUCUUCAACCCGCCAGAGCUCAGCUGUCGGAUCGCGGUCAAGGCCCUGGGAUCAGCUCCCACUCGAGAGUGGUCCUCCCCUGGCUGCUGUUUGUGCUGCAACUGUUUAGGACCGGUAGAGCAGACUGCUUCUGGUCUCCCACCCAGUAACUCUGCUGUCUCUUUACCCCAUUGUCACCCAACCCAGCAAACUCACCGACACUGUUACCUCAUCCAUCAGACACAAACCCCCAUACUUUCUCAAACAAUGGCAUCUCCAAUCUUAUGUUAAUUCUGUUUCUGCAGUCUUCCACAAUUCAUGAUAUUUGUUUCAUAGGUAUCCACCUGUUACUCGUAGCUUAAACAUUAAUCACAAACAUGCAAAAAUAUCUACAUGCUAGUAACGCCAUUUAGCACAGCACUCUAGUAUAAAAUACAUUAAAAAACAAUACAUGUUUAUAUUGUUGAUUAGUUUGCAUGUUGAAACCAAUCCUGGUCGCAGUAGUGCCUCACCUUCCCCAUUACAUUUCCACUAUUGUAGAAAUCUACUUUAAUUUGUCCACGGUAUAAAAAUGGCUUCAAAGAAGAUCCUAAUAAUUAUAGACCAAUAUUUCUUUUUUAACAGUUACUAAAAUACUCUUUGGUUCUUUCGGUAAAGUCACGUAGGUAUAAAAAAUAAAAAAUAUAUAUAUAUCACGACGUUUCGAUCGCAACACAAGCGGUCGUCCUCAGGCGGAAAAAAAUUAUCCAGCAGUGGAACUGCUGAACUAGGCUGAACCAGGUUCAGCAGUUCCGAGGCACACGACCGCUUGUGUUGUUCUGAGGACGACUGCUUGUGUUGCGAUCGACACGUCGUGAUAUAUAUUUUUCUUUUUUCUAUCUACGUGACUUUACCGAAAGAACCAGAGUAUGGAUUCCUGCAGUCACGAAAGCUUCAAAUCAAGUUACUAAAAUUUUCGAAAAACAUACAUCCCAAAUAAACUGCUGCCGAAAAGCUCACAAUCUCAUGCACAGCAGAGUCUGGUUUUCAAGAGGAUUACAGCACCACCACAGCUAUGGAUGUUUAAAAUGUUCUCAUCAGUAAACUGGAUAAAAGGUCACUACUGCUGUGCAAUAUUCAUUACCUUUUCAAAAGCCAGUUGAAAAUUAUAUUCCACCCACAAUUCUUGGUCAAUUACGGUUUUCAGAUUUAACAAUACAAUUAUUUAAGUUACUGUGGGGGUCGCUAGCCCCCGAGAUCCCUCCCUCGAUAAUGUUAACGGCCGGGCUAGCAUCAUCAAUCGCCCCCCCGCUGCUAAGCGAACCGCUGCUAAGUUCCUCACCCAUGGGGUGGGAGCCGUCGCCCGAGGAUUCCACUCCACCGCGGGUCCGCGUAGCAGGCAUGGUUAAUUACGUACGCGCACACCCACACACACAGCUCCGUACGGCACUCACUCUUGCGCUUCUCUGCGCCGCGCUGGCCGCUCACGUUACAAUCGCGCACCUGGGGUACGCCGAUUUCGCACGACGAGAGCUUACGCCUACACCGUACUACACGCGUUCACACUUAUAACACGUAACGAGCACACGCAAGCGGGGCACACGCCGACACAACGACUAAAGUCGCCGCCGCCGUGCGCGCGAGAUAAACCGUACAACAAUGCGCAGCCGAUUACGCUAUGAUCGCGCACCUGGGGGACGCCGAUUACGCACGCUGCGAGCUUACGCACACACAGUA